GAGCUAAAUAAGGAAUCGCCGCGGGCUUGCACAUUUAAGCGUCCGCGUUCGCUUCAUCUCGAUUCUCAAACCCUAGCUUCUAAUUUCUCGCUCUUUUCAGAAUUCCAUCGAUCGGUCGAUUAGGAGAGAGAUGGCUUCGAUUGUGUGCCAGAGCUCCGGCGUCAUCGCGCCGGCCGAGCACCUCCGUCGCCAGCGCCACUUCACAUCGUCCCCCCUUUUCACCGUGAGUUGUAAGAGUAUGGAACCGCUCAAGUAUGGGAACGGGGCGGCGGCGGCGGCGCCGCCUCCGUGUAUUCCGAUGAUCAACGGUCAUUCGAUGUCGGGCUUCCUUACGUCGCCGAGGCUUCAAGAUUUCGGCAGCAAGCACGAAUCCAGGCUUAGGAUUUUCUCUGGGACUGCUAAUCCCGCUCUUUCUCAGGAAAUUGCUAGCUACUUGGGCCUGGAUCUUGGGAAAAUCAUGAUCAAGAGGUUUGCUGAUGGGGAAAUAUAUGUCCAGUUGCAAGAGAGUGUCAGAGGAUGCGAUGUGUUCCUUGUACAACCAACAUGCCCCCCAGCUAAUGAGAAUCUCAUGGAGCUUUUGGUAAUGAUUGAUGCAUGCCGGCGAGCAUCUGCAAAGAAUAUCACCGCUGUUAUACCUUAUUUUGGUUAUGCUAGAGCUGAUAGAAAGACGCAAGGACGUGAAUCAAUUGCAGCAAAACUUGUUGCAAAUUUGAUCACAGAAGCAGGUGCAAACCGUGUACUCGCAUGUGAUCUUCAUUCUGGGCAGUCCAUGGGAUAUUUUGAUAUUCCAGUGGAUCAUGUCUAUGGUCAGCCUGUGAUUCUUGAUUACCUAGCCAGCAAGACCAUCUGUUCAGAUGAUCUAGUUGUAGUAUCUCCAGAUGUUGGAGGUGUGGCCAGGGCUCGUGCUUUUGCCAAGAAGUUGUCAGAUGCUCCUCUCGCCAUUGUGGAUAAAAGGCGUCAUGGGCACAAUGUUGCUGAGGUUAUGAAUCUGAUAGGGGAUGUCAGAGGGAAAGUUGCUGUUGUGGUUGACGAUAUGAUUGAUACUGCUGGGACAAUUACAAAAGGUGCAGAGCUUUUACACCAAGAGGGAGCUAGAGAAGUUUAUGCUUGCAGCACACAUGCUGUUUUCAGUCCUCCUGCAAUAGAGAGGUUAUCAAGUGGUCUGUUCCAAGAAGUCAUUAUCACCAAUACUAUCCCGGUUAUGGAGCAAAAGAAUUUCCCACAACUGACUGUUCUUUCCGUGGCAAAUCUUCUAGGCGAGACCAUAUGGCGUGUUCAUGAUGAUUGUUCUGUGAGUAGCAUCUUUCAGUGAUGGGAAAUAAUGGAUUAUACAAUAAACUAUUCUUGUUCAGAUUGAAAGUCAAUUAUUUGCCUCUCCCUCCCUCUUCUAUAUCGUCCUAUUUUUUAUUACAAUUUGCAUUCUUUUGACGGGGAACAUAUUUCCAAUUCCAUAAUUACCUUACACACUCAAGUUCAAAUCUUCUAAUGUGCAGCACCCACCCAUCCAUACAUUAUGCUACUUGAAAUAAAUCUCUCUUGUAGUGUUGAAUUUAAGCCAUUACACAGUUUUCUACCCUGCAUGUUACCUAUUUUGUCGAUAGAUUCUUCUUAUCUGAGUUGUGAAUUUUAUUUCUUGUGAUAUUGAUAAAGAGGCCCCAUUGUUCAAUCUGUUUA